UAUGCACUUGGAGCCUCAGUACGAAGUCCAUGACUCUGAAACCAGCUUCUCCCAUCUCCUGCCCUGCAUCUGGCAAGCCUUAAUUAGGCAGUGAAUUCGCUCCUCACCAGCUGUACCUACAUAGUACAUACAUCUCAACAUCAAAAGAUGAAGAUCGCCAAGGCCCCAGGGCUCCUGAAGAAGGCGGCGGCGUUAUGCAAGAGCAAGACCGGCGUCCUCACGGCCAGGCUCCUCCUCCUCGCCUCUCCCCGCCGCAGGAUGGCCACUGCCGGUGCCAUCUCGCACAGGAUCCACGCGGUGAUGGUCGCCAACCGGGAGAAGGCGAGAGCCUGCGACAGGACACUCGUGCUGCGCAGGGACGAGGCGAAGCCGGCGACGGUUGAUUUCUCUCAUCAGCUGGCGCUGUUCGACACGGAGGAAUAUGGUCAUGGUGGCUGCCCUGACUGGACGCUGCACCCCAUCUUCAACGACGACGGUGGCAGCAGCUGCUCGUACACGGAAGAAGACUACGAGGUUGAUGGCGACGACGAGGAUGCUGAGGAGCUGCUACUCGAUGCGUCGGAAGACGACGAGCCGUCGGUGAUGGAUGUGAUCAGGAGCAACCGGGAAAUUGAGGGCGUGGAGUUCAACAUGGAGGAGGAGAUCGACCAGGCCGCCGACAUGUUCAUCAGGAGGUUCCGGGAGCGGAUGAACCAGAGCUUCUAGUGAUCAUCUUGUGUUUUACGUAUGUACCACGUUACUGCAGAGUGCAGACGCGGUAACAGACUAAUUUAACCGUAGUACAGCUAGCUGUAUGGGGAUGAAAGUACAUGACCAUGUCCAUCCGCAGGAUAGGAGUUUUUGCAGUUCCAGAGAUUAGAAAUUUCCGGUGUGUGUAUGUGGAAAUUUUAGAGAGUUUUUGACACAUGGCUACAUGCUGAAAUAUGUGUGAGCGCACGCGUGUCGGCGUGUGACGUCCGUAUCGAAGGAUAAAAAACACUAGUGAAUUUUUGGGGAUUGCAAUCCUUUUCUUAACG